UUUACCAGAAAGUCAAGAUCGUACAUAUUCCUUCUCUUUUUUCAUCUUCGGUUUGAAUUAAUAGUAUUCGAUCGACUGCGACACUUUUAUCUGGCUAAAACAACAAUGGCAGCAGUGGCUGGACUCUACAGAAGGGCGCUUCCUUCGCCACCUUGUAUUGAAUUUGCUUCUAAGGAUGGCAAGCAACUCUUUUCUGAAGCUCUCCUGGAAGGAUAUAUGGAAGGCUUUUUCAAGUUGGUUUCAUACUACAAGACUCAAUCCGAACCUGCAUACUGUGGGUUGGCUACCCUUGCUGUGGUCUUAAAUGCCCUUGCAAUUGACCCUGGAAGAAAGUGGAAAGGUCCAUGGAGAUGGUUUGAUGAUUCUAUGUUGGACUGCUGUGAGCCCCUUGAGAAGGUUAAGGUCAGCGGGAUCUCAUUUAACAAAGUUGCAUGCUUGGCUCAUUGUAAUGGAGCAGAAGUUGACACAUAUCAUACAAAUGAAAGUACCCUGGACAACUUCCGAAACUAUGUAAUCUCAUGUACUUCCUCAGAAAAUUGUCACAUGAUCGUCUCAUACCACAGAUCAUUUCUGAAGCAGACAGGAGGUGGUCAUUUUUCUCCAAUUGGUGGUUACCAUGCUGGAAAGGAUAUGGUUCUUAUUUUGGAUGUUGCUCGAUUCAAGUAUCCUCCUCACUGGGUACCCCUCACACUUCUAUGGGAUGCCAUGAACACGGUUGAUAAAGAUACUGGAUUUUACAGGGGGUUUAUGCUUCUAACAAGGUUUCAGGCAUCAUCAUCAAUCCUAUAUACUCUGAGUUGUCGUCAUGAUGGCUGGGACACUAUUGCUAAGUACUUGAGUAAAAAACUUCAACAACUCCUAUCUUCUGAAGAAAUUCACAAUAUUCAGGAUAUAUUAUCUGUUAUUCUGGCAUCAGCUCCUGCUGAUCUGAGUAAUUUCAUCAAUUGGGUUGCUGAAGUUCGAAAACAGGAGAAUGGGAGUAAUCUUGUGAGUGAAGAGGAACAGGGAAGGUUGGUUACCAAGGAAGAGGUGUUGCAGCAAGUGCGAGAGACUGAGCUCUUCAAACACCUAACCAGAUGGUUUUUAUCUGGAUCAUCUUGCAUGCCCAAAGCUAUUCUGGAUGGUACAGAUUCACUAGAAAAAAUUGCUUCUGAAGUAUGUUGUCAAGGUGCUCAACUGUUUUGCGGCAAGGUUGGUUCUUGCGGUGCAAUAAGCUCUAAAACAACACAAUUAAGAUCCUCUGACUGUGACAAUGCUAAGUCUGUCACGGUAGUAUCUGCCAAUGUUGUUGUGGAAGAUUCAGUGUGUGGAGCAGAAAUACUGGUCCCAAGCUGCCAAAAGAGCCCUGGUAAUCCUUGUGAAUGUGGUUUGAAUACUUCUGAUAGGGAACAUCCAUCGGUGGUUGAUGGUCUAACUGUACUACUAUUGGCCUUGCCUCCUGAUACAUGGUCUUGUCUUAAAGAUGCAAAGCUCCUAAAAGAAUUUUGUGGUAUAAUAUCCCCCAAAAAUCUUCCCGACUUACUCAAACAGGAGAUACUGCAUUUGCGAAAGCAGCUGUAUUUCCUUGUGACUGAUGUCUGCUGUUCUUCGACGUGAUAUGAUGAGUUUUGGGGAUUUCAUAAACUUGGCAUCUAAGUCGGCAAUUAGCAUGAUAGAAACUGAGAGUUGAUGAAGUUUGCUUUUGGAGAUACUGAUAUCGCUGCACAUUAAAUCACAUGGAGAAGCAUCUGUAUACAUUUUGUGUGAAGUGCAGGACAUAAUAAGAAUUAGAACUUCAGAAGCACUGUUACAUCAAGAAGCAUACUCUUUGUAUACAGAUACUCAUCUGCUCCAAAAUGUAUUGAAGUUGCUGGUGCAAUGCCCAUCUGAUUGUCCUGUCAAUACCUCGCAAUAAAUUGAGGUUUUGAAAUUGGUGUAGCUGUAAAAUGUGGAGGGAUAUUUUCAUCUGAUUUUCCUUACAA